AUGGUGUCAGAGCUUUUCAAACACGUCAGUAACAUCCUCCUGUUGGUCACACACCAACAGGUGAAACAGCUGGGACGUCCCGCCCGUCUGUCAGCAGUGAAGAAGAGAAACUUCUUGGAGAACCUACCAACAGUCCAGCUCUGUGUGGAGAACCAGGACCUGAAGACUGAGAACCUCCACACACAUCUAACCUCCUUCUGCAAGCAGUUACACACUGGAUGGUCUCUGCAGGGCAGAGUCUCUUCAGACGGGGCCGGCGGCUUGUUGCAGGUCAGCUCGGGGAGGGCCCUGAACGCCUCCUGGCAGCUCUGCAGGAAGAGUCCCACAGACACAGUUCACCUGCGGCCUGACGGCAUCGCUCUGCGGCUCCUCCGGCUCCUCGCGUGUCGCCUCCUCUUUCAUUUCUACGUCACUGUGGAGGUCAGAGCAGGGGUUGCCAUGGCAGCACAGCUGCAUCAGGAACAGGUAUCACUGACCAGCAGAACCAAAGAAAGAGUCUCCAUCACAUGUAAAGGAACUGAACAGUGUAGCUACGACUUUGUGUACUGGUACCAGAAGAACGAGACAGAAACAUUCAAACUGAUUCUUCUUAUUGAUGUGAGUGACGGUGCAGUUCAUAAAGGUUACAACCAUCCUGAAGAAGAUGAUUUCUCAGUUAAAGGGAGACGCAGCAGCUCACAGGUUUUUGUCACAGCACUUUUCACUGUGGGGGGCAGCGACUACUGGUACAAGAUCUUUGGCUCAGGCACCAGACUGUAUGUAACAGAUCGUCCAGUUGUGCCGCCCAAAGUGAGCGUCUACCCAGCGACCAGAGCCGACCUGAAGGGGAAGAGCUCCCUGCUGUGUCUGGCCACAUCCAUGUUUCCUCCUCUGGUCCAGUUCUCCUGGAGGACACAGGAGAACAACGGGCCGCCUCCUGAGGGCGAGCGAGUGGCGCUCAGAGAGGAAGAGCACGCCGCCUCGAUCUUGCUGAUCGAUCAGGAGGAUCUCAUCACGUAUCAAUACAUCUGCUCCGUCAAACACCAAAUAGGCACGGUGGAGGCCAAGAUACCAGGUAAUGAGGAAACAAACUGUGGGGUUGAUUAG